AUUCGUCUUUUUAUAAUUUUUGGCUAGACCACUGAAGUGAAAACAAGACACUUCUUAGUAAGUUUUGGAAACAUAAAAUUCAGCUGGCGCACUAAAAGCUGACUCAACUAAGCUAAUAUCGAAAGCAGUCCAGAUGGAACGGAAGACCUUGUAUCUAUGUUUCCGGUUUAAAAGACGACAUUGCACUAGAAUUAUAAAUGCGCUUUGCUUUGGUAUGUUUGUUUUGGUACUGUUUGGUAUUUUCAAUCAACGGAAAGCUUUAGUUCGUAUCAGUCCGCAGAGCUUGCAAAGAGAAAACAUUAACACGAAGGAAAAAAGUUGCUGGAAAGAUUUACAACUUAAGAACAACACGGAACCUUCAACGAUUUUAUGUGCGUUUCAACCACUAACCAACAAAAUAUUUAAAAGAAACCGGAAAACAGUUGUGCUUGCCAUGGGCGUUCAUUUAGGGCAUGAUGCUGAUCAAGAGUUUUCGUGCAGGAAAUCUGGAAUAGAGUAUAUUAGUUGGGAAACCAGGAGUAAAGACGCGCCAGCAAUAACCAAAAAGUUUUCAGUUUUUCCAUAUAACCAAGAUCAUCUGAUGAAAACGCAAAAAGUAUUUUGGGAAAAAUUGCGUAAUCACUCGCAAUUGGUGGAAGCAGACAUUAUAAUGUGUGGUUUUGACCCAUGGCAUUGUCUCAUGUUUGCACCGUUUAAUAAGAAAAUGAUUAUAAAUCCUGGCUAUAGAUUUGAAGGCCACUUAGCAACUAAUGGUGGGCAAGCUAAGCACUUGCAAAGUGUGUUUUAUAACGCAGUUCGUUACAACCCUGAUGUAAUCAUGGCAGGACAUAUUAUCUACGACAUAUUAUACGAACAGCACUUUCUAGGCUCUCACAAAAUCAUUCCACUCCCUGCAACUGGCUACUAUGUGCGCGAAAGAUUAGAACAAGAACUGCAACAACAAACAUGCCGGGGUGUACCUUUAAAAAGCAGUGGCUAUCAUCCGAACAAAAUGGAGGUAUUGAUCAUGCCCAAAAGAUUGUCUAAAGGUGGGCAUAUUAUUGCUGAAGAAAUCAAGAACUACAGUAGAAAAGCCGAAAGAAAAUACAAAGUGGAACUUUUUGAGGUAGCAUUGAAAGGAAGAUAUAACUAUUGUCAAAUAGGAACAUAUCAGGCCGGCAUCGUGCUGGGUUAUUCUGUCAUGUCGUACUUCACGAGCGAAGUAGCAACCUUGGGCAUUCCUUUGUUUGUGCCUACGCCUCGUUUGUAUGCAGAAUGGGAGAGAAUAUAUCACCUUAUAUCAGAAAGAAAGAAUACAUUAAGUCAAACUCGUCUGAACGAUAUGAAAGAAAAUCCAAGAUCCAUAAAUUUUGGGUACCAUCCAAAUGACGAUUUCAAAGAAAAAGACAUCUUAGAAUGGGUGAAAUAUUCAGAUUAUUAUUAUUACGAUGGGGUGCAGCAGUUUGACAGUUAUGAAGAACUGUUCGAGAAAUUGGAGAAUUCGGAUCUUCAAGCGAUGAGUGCAGCAAUGCUGAAAGGUAGAAAAGAAAAUCGAGACAGAAACGUGAACAAUUUGAAAGCAAUAGAACGGUAUUUCUAUAACGGAGAACAGGAACAAAAAUCACCUUAUAUGCCUAAGACUUUCUCCGAAGGAAUGCAAAUUUGGCAAGACAAAAUGACGCCACCUAAAUUUAUAACUAACAAUACCCGGACCUUUCCUCAGAGGAAUAUGGUUAUAAUCAGCUAUGAGGAGUAUAUGAAAGUCUUCACCUCAAAGCCACCGUGUGCACUACCGGUAAAAUAUAGCAUUAUAUUUUAUAGUGUUAUUCUAAAAGCGUCGCAUACUCAUGGGAGUUGUACUUUUUUGAGGCUGCAAGACCUUCAGACAGAUCCUGUUGUUGCGGGAAUUAUAACAAAGUUUCCCUUGUGGACGUCUGACAGACUUGUACAGGAUUUGAUAAGUCUGGUUUAUGCAAUUCAAAACAAAGCAACGGCAAUAACAAAAAUCUUUUAUAACGACCUUAAACGUUGUAAUAUAACCAAGUUUUCACAGUUAUUGCCAAGCAUCGCUGGAUGGAGUGAGAUCACAUUUCAUGCUGCAAGCUUUUGGUACGCUUGGGUGCCCUAUACUGAUUCCAACGUAGUUAAGUUGUGGCAUCGACUUGCGUCAAAGUUUUUGGAUAAGAAACCAACGGAAGUCAAUUGUUUCCCACUGUUAUUUUCUACACAUGAUUUUUCCAACAAGGACAUCUAUACUUUGGAUGACUACCUUCAGUUUUGGAAAACCGACGAAAAAAAUAGUUUUUUUAAUCUUUUGGAUCAGCUAAAUUUUGAGCUAGCAGUUAGGGGAUAUACAACGAAAUACUACGCUGAGUUACAUCGCACGUGGUUGGAAACAAUAUCAGGCUAUGUCAAGUCGGCGAAUCCUAUGAUGAUGAAAAUGCAACAUUAAAUAGCACAAUAAUUUUGUAGAAAUUUAAAUCACUUUUUCAUCUAGUCUGCAGUGCACAUUUUAUACGUCACAGGCCACUAUUUGCAUGAUUUCAUGUUCUCUUUAAUGACGGCGUAAAAAAGGUAGAAGUGCAGGUAAACUGAGGUAAUUUUUCUGUCUAUACUGGAAUAUGUGUGCAAACCUAUAAUUAACAUUGUUGGAUUGUGAUAUAGAAGUGUAAUUUGAGUUCGACGAAGACGCGUUUUAAUAAUUUUUGUCAGUUAAAGACGCGCUUGUAGCAUUCUUGGCAGUUAGAGACGCGUUUUUAACAUUCUUGACAGUUACAAACGCGUUUUCAACAUUCUUGGAAAACGGUUGUAACUAAUAGAAAUUGUUACAUUGAAAUGUCACAUAUAGACCUCUGUAUGUAAAUAAUUUUUUUUGCACAAUAAAAUAUGUGUUUCCUUCCA